GUUUGCCCUAAACCUUUGCCUAGCACUGCCAUCGCGGAGCCAUGUCGUUGGCCGCGUUGCUAAGUCUAGGGCGGAAAGAGGAGCCGAAGCCGCCGCCCGUUGAGAAGCCAAAGCCGGAGAAACCGGUCUCGGAGGCCCCUUCCGCCAGCAUCGUCCAAAAUGAGGAGGAUAGAAAACUUGCCUUAGAGCUGGCAGCAAAGCAGGCCGAUCUGCUGAGUGAAGAGAUGCUGAUCAGAGAGGCCGAAGAGGAAGCAGCCAAGGAACGGGAAAUCGAAGAGGCUGCCAAGGCCGCCGCUGCGCUAGCGCAGAAGCAGAGACUUCAGGCGGCCACCACUGGGGGCAACCCCUUCAGCACGGGCGGUCGCAUGUUUCAGCCGGGUGUCUUUCUGUGUGACGAGAGAUCGGGCUACAAACCCAUGAUGGGUGGGAUGCCCUACAUGCCACCGACGGACUGGCUACCACCUGGGAUGUCGCUGCCCGCAGGUUUUCAAGCGAGUCAGCCGCAGUUUCGACAACUGCAUCCGGCCGCUCUCUGGGGGCAGGAGUUUGCCAGAAUGGCAAUGAAAGCGCCCCCCUACAUGCCAUCGACCUACGCAGCGGAUCCCCCACAGCGGCAGCCCGUGCCGAUUCCGCCCCGCGAUUUCAGAUCGGAGCGAUCACACGAGCGGCAUGGGCAAUGGGAAGGCUCCAACGGCUACGACUAUGGCGAGUGGGGCGACUGGCAAAAAGGUGCCGGUGGCGAAAAGGGAUGGCCUCAGGGAGGCAAAGGAGGC